AAGAGAGAGAGAGAGACUGUCAGAGAGUAAAGGGAAGCAGCAUCACCCACCCAGACUGGGAGGAGGGGAGGGGAGGGGAGAACAGACAGCGUGCCCGUCCCUCUAAGAGACAGAGGUGAAAGGAAAGUGGGAAUGAGAGACAGGCGUGAGGGGAGAAGAGGAGCACAAUGAAGGAGUGCCAUUGACCAUCCUGGCAGCACUGCCAUUUCACCAUCUGCUGAAAGAGAGAGAGAGAUAGAGAGAGAAGGGAAGUAAAGGAAAGAGCAGGCAGCCGAAGGAAAAAAGAGAAUAGAUGGAGAGGAGCUGCCGGCAGUGACUUUGUGAAUUAAUCGAGCGGAAGAGUGGAUCAGAGGAGAAGCACGUUUUUCAGGGAGUGGACGGACGGAGAGCAAGAAAGAGGAAGGAGAGGACGGAUGACCGGACAGUCUGAGGCUGUUUAAACAUUAAUGUGGUUCUCAUGUGAAUAUGGAGCCCGGCUUUAGAUGAUUACCAUGGAUUAUCAACUGUAUGCUUUUUAAACCAAAAAGGAACUAUCUAUGCUUUGCCGUUCAUUAAAAAAAACUCUUAGGGAAAUUGAUUAGACUUCUGUUGUUUUGUAAAUAUAGACUUUCUUUGUGACUUCUGAUUUUCUACUCUCCGAGCAUACUCUGCAGGACAUUAUACAAUCAUUAUCUUUGUUAGCUGCUGCACAAGAUAAUCAGGUUUUAAUGCAAGUUUUCUAAACAUCAGUGUUGUGGUUAGUGUAGUUGUUGUUUAUACUGUUAUUAGGAAAGUGAUUAUUGCUCUCUUGAAAUAAUAUCAGAACGUUUGUAAAUGCCCUAGUUGGAGUCAGUGCAUGCAGCUGACAUGGGAUGUCAACAUUAAUUGGGUUUUAGGGCUGGCGCGACGCCGGUCAAACUUUGAUCAUUUCCUGAAACCUAUUGAUCUUUCUAGGAGUCUUUAGUUCAUCCUCCUGUUGGCUGAAAACAAAGCUCUAAUGUGGAGCCUUUGAUGCAGCAACUAAUUGCUGUCAUGUGAUUUGACAAAGCAGUUAUCUCUUUGUCUGAAGAUUUCUGCGGUUGUCAGGACUUCUCGUUACAUAUCCUCCGCAGGCAUCUCUUUUAAUGUCUGUUGCCAUAGCAACGGGCAGCAACUGCAGACAGAACUCAAAGUAAAAUUUGUUUUCUUUGUUUUGUCUUUUCAAACUGGUGCUGUUCUAUUAGGUAAUUGUUUAUAUGUAGUAGAUAAGGAGCGGUAGACUUGAUAAGUCCAUGGUUCUUUGCAGUUUUCAGACUUUCAUUCUUUGUCUAUGCGGAGCGCAGCAGUCUCCGAGAAUCAGGGUUGUUUCAGGUCACCUGUCUCCCCCUCCCCAUUCUGUUUUACUCUAGUGCGAGUCGGCGCAGCCCCACUUGUCCUGAUCUCACCUUUUACCAACUACCAUCUUCAUCAGUCAAGCUGAUGUACCCAUCAUCAGGAAUGACUGGAUAAGUGAGAUAAUCGUAUUAGUUUCAUUUGUACAUAUCACUCUGUGCAGCUGGUCGGCCUCAAGGCCAUUACUCACUGAUCGUUAGGUGUGCUGUGUUCGUGACUGUCCGGUCCUUUUACUGUCUGUGUGUAGGUGACUCAGGAUUUAUUUGCAUGUAGAGGGUCCUUUCCUCUGCAGUCACCUGACCUACACUGCGUUCUGUGCAUUAAAACAUCCUUGGACAGGACAAGGGUUAACUCUGCUCAUGGAGCAAUUUGGCACCCCGUGUUUGAGAACACACCUGGAUUUGUCUCUGUUGUGCCCAUAACUGUUGGAUCUUUUGCCUUUUUAAGUGCUGAUAUCCUCUCAAGACUAAUUAUUGGUUUUAUUAGAGGUGUGACGGACUGUUUUGUCUGUUCUGCAUUCUCUUUGGUUGUCCAAAUACUGGGUGUCUUUUGUGACUUUUCCAGCCAUAAUUCUUUGCAGCUUUCUGGAGAUCCUCCCGGCCUGUCUGGCAGUGCGAGAGUGUGACUCGAUCCUCCAUGGUGCUUUUCAGCCAAGACCAGAUGGAUGACUAGCUAGAAUUGCUAGACAAUCCCUCUGUGGUGCUAGACUGUCGUAGGCGACUGUUCCUUUGCUGUGCGUCCAACACCCACUACCAGUUGGUUAGCUGUACUUCAGACACAGUUUAAAGUUCUGAAAUGUUAGCAAGUGGGAAAAUCAACCCUCUCACUUGGCAUUAUUGAAACAUCGGUGCCAAACUUACAAGGUUGUGUAAGUGGUCCAUGCAAGGUCUGUGUAAACCUUGCUUUCCUUUUUGAGGGAGUAAAGGUCAAGGGAUUGUAAAUAUGACUGCUGUGUAAACAUCACUGAGGUGCAGGCCAGCCAGCUUGCCUCAAGACUGUAGGUGUAGCCUUGCCUCCUACUGAGGUCAAACUGCUGCAGACAGUUUUGUUUGCCUUUUAGGUUGGACUAUGCAGAACAUGAGCUGUUAAGGCUUGUAGUUAGUAAUUGAUUUGAGAGCUGACCUGCUGUUUGAGAAGUCCUGCCUUAGAUAAUAACUGGUUUCAGAAUAUAACACUUGGCUUGUUCAUAUCUCAUGGGGCUGUGUUAAUGCUCAUGUCUCAGGUAACUGACUAUAAUCUGGGCUUGUUAUUUGAACCUGGCAGUAAUAAAGUAACUAGGUGAGAGGAGAGGUGCGUAGAGAGAUCAGCAAGGAGGUGCGGUUUUAAAUGAGCAUUUCCAGCUGGGUGAGCGAGUUCACGUUCAACUUUGAGCCUCCAGCACCAUUCAGGGAACCCUGGGUUGGGAGUUCAAACCGAACAUAUCAGGUCUCAUUACCAUCACAACAAGCCCACCAGUAGUCGUCAUCAGCCAAUGACCUACAUUCUCUAGUGUUACAUCACCACCGUGCUAGUGCAGUGUCUGUACAGUGUCACUGUACCAGACAAACAACAUCUCAGACUCAACCUACCACUAUCUAAUGGUGCUCUAGAAAUUAAAACACAUCCUAACCAAGGUGGCCAGUUUUAGACAACAAACUUGAACCAAGCCAGCCUCACUUGUUUUAGCCAUAUCAGGAACUUCAGUCAGGAACGGGCUCAACUCUGCUGGCCCAGUCUUAAAUACUCACUUUGUUUCUUUCUAAUGGUGUCUAACUAGGUGACCAUGCUUAGCCUUUAGCCCUACCUUAUCUUAAAGUUAGAAAGGCAGAAAUUUAGACCUUACCAUUAAUAUAUUAGGCUGGGGUACUGUUAAACAGGACAGCCUGGAGAACGGGCGAGCAUACGAGGGAGGGGGUGAGGGGGAGCGAGAGAUCAUCUGGAAGAGGAGAGAGGAAGUGGUGGCGCGGGAGAGGGCGGAGGCGUUGGAGAGACAGAGAUUGGCAGAGUACAUUGUGUGGAGGAAGAGAGAGGGCUUCCAGGAGAAGAGAGGAGACGGAGAGAAGGGUGGAAAGAGUGCAGAGAAAGGGAACAAGCCUGUGCCAGAAGUAAUCUGGAAGAGGAGAAAAGAAGAAGAGGAAGAAGGAGACGCAGGGAGGGAGAGAGCUAGGGCCAUUCAGAGGGGACAAGAACAACCAUUUGGAGGAAGAGAGAGAGGGAAUAAAAGAGGAAUUCUAUAAGAGAUUUGAAAAUAUGAUGUACUUGAAAGUAGGCGUUAGAGAAAGUGUGCUGUGUUGGAUACUAGUAAUACAUCAGUAAGCCUCCUCUCUCUCUUUUUUUUUUUAGUAGUUCUGGGGCUCUCUCUACAUUGAGCUCUGAAGGUGCUCACUGUAGUAUCGACCAAUAGGAGCUGUGCAUUGCCUGUGUUGCUGCCGUGUUUGCCCGUGCGGCCCCCUUGCAAUCCCCUCGUUGGCGGCUAAUAGGAUUUUUAUGGGUCCGUGUCAAGCAGGAUAGAGCUAGCAAGAGGAGCUGCUUCUCACAUGCACGCCUGUGUGCACGACAACACACACCCACAGAUAAUCUAAGAAGCAUUGUGUGCAGGGAAGGUUUAUACUGCCUCACACGCAUGUAAACACAUCACGUACAAUAGCACACCCGUCAGUGCAGUAAGAAACACAUGUGAGGGGGCGUUGAGACAAUCACUUGUGUUGAUUCUCCAUGGUGCUGCCGACAGCUGGAUAGCUGGUCCUCACUGUGAGACUACUAAGUUUGGACAAGAUACUCACAGAUAUUGUUUUACAUUAUGGCAAAAAAAACAAGAUGAACACUUUAUGGAAAGCUGAGACUGUCAUCAUCAGUCCCCGGGAACACAAUGAACAUUCAUGCGGAUUCAAAAGUGAACUGCUGACAACAUGAUCUGCACUGGUGCACUACAAACUAACUUUUUCCUCUGCAUUCUGUCGUUAACUGGGACACCCCACUUUUCCUCUGCGUCUUUUCUCAUUCUGCUUUCAUUGUGGGUAAAGCCGGUUUUAAAGCAGUUUGAGUUUGGCUGCCUGGUAAUGAGUGGAGGACAGAUGGAUGCCGCACUUACGCAAAGGGAGACUGACAGAUGGCGUUGUGUCCAUUUAGAGAAAAACUUUGAAUACUGAGACAAAGAGACAUUGAUUGAAUCACUAGAGCCUGUGUGAACUUGUGCGGACUGAAAAACUGACACUGUAGAUUCAUUAUGGAGCUUGUCCCAAAAACCAAGUACACCCACUUUCGGAGUGAAUCGCUGAGCUCAACUGAUGAAACAAACUCCAAUCCAUCAUCGUUCCCUCCUUCCAGUCCUGCCACCCCACUCACUCCCUCCCCUGGUUUACCUUCUUCUCUAUCCUCCUCAUCUCUCACCCCCAUCUUGGCCCCCUCUUCUCCCCGCCCAGCUGAGAACAGCCCCACCACCCUCUGCUCCUUCUUCCCCAGGAUGGGAUCCCUUCGCCUGGGUGUCUCUGCCACUCUGCUCCCAGGACUCAAGGCUUCGAGCAGGCAGCAGCAGCCACAUGCCUCUGUUGAGUCCUCCGGGGAUGACCAGAACAGCUUUAGCUCCUCCCCUGCAUUUCAUCACCCAAUUUCCCAUUUAACCGCUCCUUCUCCCCCUCCUCGACCUCCUCUGCAGGAUAUGAACCGGCUGGGAGGGGCGUCCAGGAGGGCACGGGUGGAAGGAGGGCAGCUUGGAGGAGAUGAGUGGACGCGCCAUGGCUCCUUUGUCAACAAGCCUACCCGCGGCUGGCUGCACUCCGACAAUGUGGUCAGCACCGCCGGUGUUUCCUACAGUGUACGGUACAUGGGUUGUGUGGAGGUGCUACAGUCAAUGCGAGCGCUGGACUUUAACACCAGAACUCAGGUCACAAGGGAGGCCAUCUCUGUGGUGUGCGAGGCCGUGCCCGGAGCCAAAGGAGCCCAGCGCAGGAGAAAGCCUUCCUCACGCUGUAUGACAUCCAUCCUGGGGAAGAGUAACCUGCAGUUUGCCGGCAUGACAAUCAACCUCACCAUCUCGACCAGCAGCCUCAAUCUGCUUGCCUCCGACUGCAAACAGAUAAUCGCCAAUCAUCACAUGCAGUCCAUCUCCUUCGCUUCUGGAGGAGACCCAGAUACGGCUGAGUACGUAGCAUAUGUGGCCAAAGACCCAGUCAACCAGAGAGCAUGUCAUAUCCUGGAGUGUUCAGAGGGUUUAGCCCAGGAAGUCAUCAGCACCAUCGGCCAAGCCUUUGAGUUGCGUUUCAAACAGUACCUUAAAAACCCCCCCAAACUGGUCACACCUCAUGACAGAAUGGCCCCGUUUGACGGCUCUGCGUGGGAGGAAGAAGAUGAUGAGGCUGCUCCACCUUCUGACGUCCCUUACUAUAAUAAUUUCCCUGGAAAACAGCCUCCCCCUGGUGGACUGAUUGACAUGAGGACCCGCCCAGGUGCCACGCUGCCUUAUGGACAGCCAGGCCAAAAUGAAAUUCACAAGCAGCCUCUGCCUCCUCUACCAGUGGGUGCUAAAGACGGGGGACGGGAACUGUUCGAUGACCCUUCAUAUGUCAAUGUGGACAAACCCCGACCCCCAGUUGCACCUAAUGGAAAUGCUCACAGAGAUGCAUUUGAUAUGAAGCCAUUUGAUGAUGCCCUGGGGGUCUCUGGGCACGGUGGCCCAAGCUCAGUGACAACAGCGCCCCCUCUGGUGCAGCAGUUGCAGUGUGAGACCUGGUUCCAUGGUAGUUUAAGUCGCAGAGAAGCAGAGAGGCUGCUGACCCGCGAUGGAGACUUCCUGGUGCGGGAGUCUGGGACCACGCCAGGACAGUACGUCCUCACAGGACAGCAGGGGGGUCAGGCCAAACACCUGCUACUAGUCGACCCAGAAGGAGUGGUCCGUACAAAAGACCAUCGGUUUGAAAGUGUGAGUCACCUGAUCAGUUACCACAUGGACAACAGACUCCCCAUCGUAUCAGCUGGUAGCGAAGUGUGUCUGCAACAGCCAGUGGAGCACAGGGCCUGACAUUACACACACACCAAUGAGAUACUCCACCAAAUAUACACACACUCCUGCAGCAAUUCAACACAAGACAAACACAACACUUCAUACGCUAUAAUACACACACCAACACUACACUUAACACACAUACACUGUAGAUAAACAAUGCAUAAGCACACACACCAUUGCAAAGAAAACCAAAAAAAAAAAUUCACCAGUUCCUCUGUAAAAUCAUUCACUUGCUGCUGUUGCCACAUAUUCCUGUCCUUUCUGAAAGCAAAACUGUGACCUGCAGUCUUCGACCCCCAACAACUAUCAGGCGCAUGAUCCCUCCACAACUGAGAAGCACUGCUGCAAUGUCUCAACAGUCAACUGUGAACCAGGGAGGAGCCCUUUGCUAAGUUCAGACAAGGGCGGAAAAAAAUAUCUCAACAUCCGAUCAUGAAAAAAACAGAACACUCAAUAGAAUCUUGUACAAAAACAUAGCGGAACUGAAAAGUAUAUACAUAAAUGGGACAUCUAAUGAAAUGUUCAGUGCUUUUGAGCAUGCAUUGUCACAUUCAGGGAAAUUAUUUCCCUCCUCUGACUGUUGCUGGAGCAUAUUAGGCAAAAUACAAACUUGAUGGUUACGGUUCUUUGUUUCAGAGACAGACCCAAGCUCGAAUAUGAACUGUCACUGAAGCACUUCAGCAGCGAACCUGAGUUUGAAAACAUUCUGCCUGGUGAAUAUGCAUAAACGAGUUUGCUUCCAAUCUAAUCAGGAGAGUCACACUACCCCCAACCACUCCCCUUUUAAGGACCUUUGAACUUUGACCCCUCAAAUGAUAGCUGGUGAUGAUAAAAGCCUGUAUGCAAAACUGGGGGACUGCUAUGCCAGUGACAAUUUCUUGUCUUUUAUUUUUUCCGUCUGUUAUCUUGAGACACAUUACUUGUUGAACAUUCUGAGUUGAGCAGAAUCUAAACAGCUGCAUCUCCCUAAUCCUCCGUAAACACAGAUACACCUUUACACAACACACGGUCUGCACCACCUGUCAUGCCAAAGAACAUCAACUUGGUCGCUAACAACAGAGAAAGCCACGACACUUAUCAGCAGUUAUCUUUCUUGUGUGCUUACAGCAAUGGGAGCAAAAAAUAUACAAUUGGCCUAAUUCAGAGGGGAGAAUUAUUACGGUCAUUGUGCCUGAAGAUAACAUCAAAAAGGAGAUUUUUUAAAGUAACUUUGAUGUCACCCACAAACACGACUGUUGCUUUUCAUUGACUUCUUAGUAUGUGUUUGACAAUCUAUGGGUCAUAUAUUUACAGAGGAUUCUGACUGAAAGCAAAGGAGAUUAGUUAAGAACGACCAAUGUGAACUUUGGCCAAUGAGAAAUGUUUUUGGGCAAUGAAUUUCCCUCUGCAAAAAAGAUUAUUGUGAUGUUGCUUUAUUUUGUUAUCACUUGAGGGAAUAAUGUCCCCUAAAAAACAAACAA